GAGGGAGGAUCAUUCAGUGCCUGGCCACGGCCGAGGUCAUACACGCAACGUGAACAGAACGGUUUCGGGCUUUUGUAUCGUAGAGCUAGUGUGGCUUCGCAGAGACUGAACUUUGUAAAUAGUAUACCUUCCCCUGGAACGUAGUGGCCUUCAGUCCGAUUCGUGCUAGUGGUGUGGCGAGAGACAGUGCAUUUGAUUCCUUUUUUUUUCUGUGCGGCAAGUGUGAAGUUUUGCGCGGUGUGUGACAUGCAAGGAUGGCAGCAAUCGUACAACCACAGUCCCGUCAGCCAUCCCCAGCCGGUCUCCUGACCACGGUGGCCAGUCUACCGCCCUCCUACAAGCUGCAGUACGGCGAUGUGGUCGGCAGACCGGUCAUCGCCACGGUCACCGGUGGCGACAGUCCGCUGGAUUUGACGGUGCGCCAGGUAACGCCGACGACGACGCAGGCAGGCCCAAUAACACCACCGGCAACACCUUCCCCGUUGAAAAAGCGUUACCGUGAAGACAAUCAGUUGAAUGUACAGACCAAGACGGAAGAACCACUGCCGAAGCGGGUCAAACCGGGCGCGGUGGAACCCAGCGAACCGUUGGUGAUCGAUGUGAAGAAGGAUCUAACCACGCCAGCAAAAACCACUGCCAAGAAUAGUAGUACCGACGCAACCGUGCCGAAUCAACCGAAAAGUACGAAAAAUCCCCCCGCACCGGUAGCUCCAUCCGGUGGGACGAAGGAACGCCGCGCCAAAGCCAUCCGGAAGCUAAAGUUCGACGAGGAGAACUCAUCGCCCGUGUCGGGCACAAUCAUCAUCUCGCUGGAGGAAGCGCUCAGCGGUGACACACCGCGCGAAUCCGGUGACAUUGAUCCGCAGUUCAAUCUGGUCGAGGUGUCGGAUGAGGUGCGUGCUGAGCUGGCCGCCAUUCCGAACGUGAUCGGGGGUUACAACUGCAAACUGUGCCGGCUGGAGUUUGAGGAUGCGUUCGGGUUGGCGCAGCAUCGUUGCUCCUGUAUCGUGCUGCUCGAGUACCGGUGUCCUGAGUGUGGCAAGCGGUUUAACUGUCCAGCAAAUCUGGCGUCUCAUCGCCGUUGGCACAAACCGCGCGAUCAGGUUGGGAAGAAGGGCGGUGCUGGGAAGGUGGAAGCGGUAAGCAGCGAUUCAACCGACUCGGACAGUGCGUCGGGUAAGUUCCGGUGCAACCAGUGUGACAAAACGUUCAAACGGCCCGCCUACCUCAAGAAGCACCAGCUAACGCACAACAAACAGCCAAACAAACCAGUGAAGACGGCGUCCAAGCGGGCUCGUAGUCCAAGUGUUGCGUCCACGCUGGUUCUGUAUCGUGGUGAGGACUCGAACCAUUCGAACCAGUCGAGCCAAUCGGUGGAAAGCAGUGUUGUCACGUACACUACCUCUGUGGAAGAGUUGACGGCAAGUUCAAAGCCACCGCCACCACUUACCAUGUACACCACGCUCGCCUCCAACGAUAGUGGAACGCAGGAGAUUGAGAUAGUCACCUCGGGAUACUAUCAGGACGCGGGCACCGUGACGUUUGUGCAGGAGGAACGUGCUGGAUCGGUAGUGUCCUCAUCCGGAAGGGGAAGUGUUGCGCUGGACCAUGAUGAUGACGAUCAGGAGAGCGACUGUGAGGAACGGACACUGGUCAUCAACGAGGACUACCGCGAUAACGAAGAUGACGAUGACGACGAGAUGGAGCGUCAGUACCGGUCGGCCUACUGCGAUCGUUUCACCGAGGAGGAAAAUCUAGCCGCCGCCGCCCUUGCUCGACUCCGCAAUGGGCCCUCCGUCAUCCGGCACACGACGGCACUGGUUGUGUAAGUGGCAGUAAGUUUAGCACGUAAGUUACGAUUCCUUUUCGAUGGGUUCUUGUCACAUUCGUACCAAUUAAGAGCCGUGGGAAUAGUUAGUAUACCUGCUAGCUACUAAGACUUCGAUCGUACGUAGUAGCUUUAACAUUUUCCGAUACUCUUUAUAUACUGUGCCCGAGGAGCAGAGUGAUGUUCUACCGCCGGUUUGCCUUCAUUGCCUACUGAGCAAGCAUUGCGUGCGAUGCAAAUUUUUGUACAUUUCUUUAAUCGUAUCGAACCCGAUUCUACAGCGCCAUACCAAAGGACUACUAUUUAGGGCAAGUGUGUAGGGUUGACUGGCGCCACGCAUCAGUGUGGCGCUGCAAACCCUACGAUUUGCAACAACUAAGCUAGGCAUAGACAGGAGAUGGGAGUCAUAGUUUGUAGAGUUUACAUUCCAAAGAGAACGAGCAAUAUGCUAGUCGCUAGUUUUAUCGAAGCAAAGCUUCAACCAACAAUACUCUAGUCCGUAGUAUUACUUUUUUUUUUCUCUUGCUCUUGUUUGACGGAAGUUUCGGUGGCGAGUUUCGAGUGUUUCUUAUCACUGUUUUUUUCUUCUAUCCUAUUUCUCUUUUCCUUUCUUACCUAUCGUAUCAUUCAUUCGCUUUCAUUUCUGUGUAUCUUACUAUUUCUACACCUAACAAAAGAAAACAAAAUCAGGAACUUCCGUCCUUCGGCCAUACUUCUUGUACAUUCGCGGUUUGAAGUUUACGAAACUUCCCAAACCCAAACCCCCAAAGAUGAGUAAACAUCUAGUCAUUUGUGUAAAGUUUAGGAUUAGUCGUGUGGUUCUAUAGUUUACGUUUAGGUAUCGGCAAUCUAGCUCGACUCAUACAACGAUGGCUGAUUCAUCCAUCCAAAACCCUCCCCCCCCCCUCGCCCCGUUCAUCGAUUCUCAUCCCAUUUCUUCUAUCCCCAAACGUACUACACCUCACCAUCCAUAGCUCUUUCACGCUAAAUUAUUAACUGGACAGCUACUCUGUUGUUAUGAGCCCUGAGCUAAGCAAGACCUGACCAAAGAUUUCAAUCAUUCCUGCCUGGGACACUCACCCUGUCCCAAGCGUUGUACAAAAAAAAGGGCAAGUACCAGCUCUGCGGACAAGCAAACGAGCGGUUCCUGCCUAGUGAUUGUUUAAAGAAAAGUUCCUUUCCACAGCGAAAGGUGUCACAUUCGGUAUACGAUUUUCGGUUUCGGUUUGUUCUUCUGUUUUGUUUCUAUUCCAAGCAAAGGCUUUCGAAUGCACCUCGUCCAAAGUGUGGUGCAUUUGAAACGUGCGCUGCAGGUUCGGGAGUGGCUUUUGCAAUCGUGCGAAUAAUCGUGCCAUGUUAGGGUAGCAAAUUCCUUUCUGGUCACUGGUGUUUGUUUUCCGCGAAGUCAGUGACGGUAUCAAUCCGGAAAGGUAUCAACUAUAGCACAACAUGCCAAUUGUACAAUAAAGCGCACACUACGUAGAAUGUAAUCAUGGUGUAAGAGCUCUGGAGCAGAAGGAGUUAGAAGUUAGGGUAGCAAGCUAGUCAUACUGCAAAGUCUUAUUUUUGCUAGUCUCGUGUUAACGCCAAAGAAUGUGAAGUUCUAGUCCAGGUUCGUCGACCACACAGCUAGUCCAUCAGGCCCACUAGUCAGGGUGUGAGUGUACCUUUCGAAAACGCUCAUACAUUUCCUUUUCUGGUCAUUUGUCUAGUCAUAUUUAUUUAUUUAAUUAUUUAUUUCAUCGCAAGCUUUUCAUCAGCUUUCAGAAGAUCUCAAACCCAGUUCAUUCGUGUCAGACUAGUCAACCGUGUGUACAUUUUCUAGUCCGGAACACCAAAAAUAAUUAGCCCAUAACCAAAGAGACUUGCUUUAAAACCGUUAAAUACCAAAGAUAGUAUUACUUUAGGGUCAAGUCAGUGUGUAGGUUUUACUGUCUAUUUAUAUAUUUAUUUAUUUAUGUGAACUGCUAAUUUAUUUAACCACUUAUUUAUCACCUAUUUAUGCUCUAAAAACAUAUGUAUAUUUAUUUUGAUCAAUUUAUAAUGGUAUUUAAAUAAUUUAGCUUAUACGGCAUAUGGCGGUAGAACAUCACGAUGCACAAAACACGGCGGUACAGUAACAGCCUAACGAGUAACGAUUAACAAUAAGGAGAGGCAACAAUCACAUCACAUUUUUACAAUAACCGAGAGGAGGAUCACACAAGGAGAACAAUCGCUUAAAAUAUCUUGUUGUAGCCAUGUUGUUAGGAGCUUCUAUCAUAUUUACAGAAAGAUAUAAAAAAACACAUUAAGACAACGCGUCAAAUCUUUUGAAUAUUAGAACGUUUACAACGGAACGCAAACGUUCGAGGGUUUCUAAACAAAUCAAACAUGUGAUAUUAGGUGCAUAAGAUCUUUACAAAGAACCCAUCAUCCCCUUGCUACCAGUGUACGCACGAUUUGCUGUGUUGCUUUCGUGCAGGAUUUUCCUUUUAAUUUAUUUAAGAAUUUGUCCUCACCUCAUUCUACGUUUGUUGCAUGUCAUUUAACACGGUUUGCUUCUCAACCUUAAUUUUUAAGUAAAGGCUUUUUGCGCCAACUCUGCAGCUGUAACUCUGCUCCCAACUGCAAGUGUAAGUUUGCAUUUUUGAUUUUAAGAAGACAAAAAAAAAGACAUUUACAAACAUAAGUACAUGUACACUAACUUUUAUUUUUGUAACCAGUGCAUCAUUAUUUUAAGUGGAUUUUGAACAUUUAUAUAAAAAGUGAAAAGAAAGUACAAUAAAGUCAAUGCAAAAAAA